AUGAACCCACCCGGACUUGGAGACUUCGAUCUUUCACCUGCUCUACCGGCCAACUUCCAGGAAGAUAAUUGUUGUCUGGUCAACUACACAGCGGAUGAUGUCGAUGACGCGUAUAUCACGCUCUUUGCAUUGCAAUGGGAGCCACCGGAUUGGUUCCGGCGGGCUAGAUUGGACGAAGAAUUAUUCAAUAAGUUCGAUGUGCUCAAAGAAUAUCAAAGAGCAGUAGACUGA